GUGCAGACGAAGCCUGAGCCAGUUUCCUCAUCAGUGAGCAUGAACCUCAGUCUCCCCGACCAGAACAUGCACAACUCCAGUGAAGACUGCCUAGAAGACGACAAACCUGAUGUCAUGUUGCCUUGCUUCCGCAGAAACAUGUACGAGGAGCCUCUGGCCUCGUACUCCAGCGGCUCCAUCAUCUCUCAACUCCUCCGCAAAACGAUCCACAGCAAGAGAUCCCUAGAUGAAAGCCAUUACUACCUUUCCAGCUCCACUGCAGCUGACUCCGGCCAGGAGGAUCAGUGCAGCGUCUCCUCCAAGGACAGCACGGUGGAAGCUGCCUCCCCCAGCGGCCACGUUUCUACAGGAGCCAGUCCAGAGGGAGAUCAUCCCAUGACUGACCACCUGCAGGCCAAGAGGGCCAGAGUGGAGAACAUUAUCAGGGUCAUGGCGGGCUCUCCCAACAGCCGGCAGCAUGGGGACAGUGAGAGGUCUGACACAGAUGCCAGAGACACCAGAGAGGCCAGAGAAGCAUACAGGGAGAACAAACGUAAGCAGCGGUUGCCUCAGCAUCAGGAACACAGUGUAGGAGGACCGGCAAACAGAAGACCUGGAGGCAGCAGCAGUGACACCUGCAACAGCAAGGAUGAGGAGUGUCACAAGCUGAAAGAGCAGCUCCACAGCAUGCAGAGGCUGCUGCGUCAGCUGCAGGAAAAGUUCCUUCAAGUUUACAACAAGGAAGACCCCGAACACGACGUCAGGGACGAGACAGAAGUUGAGCAUGACGCCCUGGGAGAAUCCCGCUAUGUGGCCACUGAAGAUGAUUUUGAAAGGAAGAACAGCAGAGUGGCUGAGUGUAAGGACAGAAUGAAAGUAGUAAAUUAUCUGGUGCACCAGAGAGAAAGUCAGAACCUGCAGGACACCCUGAAGCAGGAGCUCUCCCGGGCUGUGAAUGACUGUGUGGACAGAGUGUUCAAGAAGGUGUCCCCCACAGGGCUGGACCUGUCCCCUCAGCAGCGCAUGUGCUCAUCCCCAGAGAUCGGCGUAGGUGCGGACAGGAAGAGCCAGCAGGCCGGCUCCACCCAGGAGCAGCCCCAGGCAGAGGAGGCUGCAGUGAAAGCCCGCUCUUUGGAGUAUUACGAAAGCUCCGAGGCUCAAAGCCCACAGGACCAGACGGAGGCACUUUCACUGGUGGUCCGCAAGCCGGCGGUGACCCCUCUGAGCUCAGUCACCCCAACGGUGAAGAGGCCCUAUCCUGUGCACCAGGCACCAUUUCAGUUCAAUUACAGCACCCCUCUGCAUGACAGUCAGAUCCUAGAGCAUCUUCUUAAGUACGGGCCCCAUUCCAACUUCGGGGGUCUCCCCUGCAUGCCCCCAUCAAUGGACAGGACCUCCCCGGACUCAGUGGACCUGCCUUGGGACACCAUCGCCAUGAGGUCCAAGGUGACGUCCAGCCACCUCGGCCACCACCCUCGUCCCUCAGCCUUGGGUGCAGUGACGGUCGAUAAUCUGUGUCUCCCUCAUGUGAAGAUCGAGUGUGGUGAACUGCAGAGCAUGGCGGAGAGAAACCCCUACAUGUCUCUCAACAUCCAGGAGGGUCUCACUCCGAGCCAUCUGAAGAAGGCGAAGCUCAUGUUCUUCUACACCCGCUACCCCAGCUCCAAUGUGCUGAAAACCUUCUUCCCUGAUGUCAAGUUCAACCGCUGCAUCACCUCUCAGCUGAUCAAGUGGUUCAGUAACUUUCGGGAGUUCUACUACAUCCAGAUGGAGAAGUUUUCCCGCCAGGCCAUUGUUGACGGCAUCAGCGACGUCAAAGACAUAACAGUUAGCAGGGACUCAGAGCUGUUCCGGGCACUGAACAUGCACUACAAUAAAGCCAAUGACUUCCACGUUCCAGAUAGAUUCCUGGAGGUUUCUGAGAUCACCUUGCAUGAGUUUUACAAUGCCAUUUCUGCGGCCAAAGAUUCAGACCCCUCUUGGAAAAAGGCCAUAUACAAGGUGAUCUGCAAACUGGACAGCGACGUCCCAGAGGAGUUCAAGACAUCUUCCUAUUUAUAGGCUGAAGUGGAGAAUGAUAACAGCAGAGGAGCUUGGAGUUAGUCACUUGACAGUAUUAUUUCAUCUUUCUUGUAGUGCAUUUUAGUGAGGUGAACUGUAGAUCAUUUUGUAGAUCUGUAAAAACACACACAGACACACCAUUUUAAAUAUCAAACUAUCUAUAGUCUAAAAUGCUGUAUGUUCUACUUUUACAAACAAAUAUUCAUAAAUAUUGUGGUUUAUUCUAUUGUUUAGUGUUUACUUGUAUGAUCAGCCUCAACACAUUUAGAUAGUUAAUGAGUUUGUAGGUGUGUAAAAAUGUUUACAAAGUGUUUUCUUUUCGAUAUUAUUAUGAAACUAUAGUGUAGUCUGAUUUAGCUGAACUGAAAGAGUUUUUUGCCAAUUACCGUCAGUAUUAGUUUGCUUUUAAAUCAUUGCAUAGCUGUGUGUGUUGUGUAAAUGUAUGCGCUGCUGUUGUAUGUUAUGCAUACUGUUCUAUAAUUAUGUUGUAAACUUCUAGCUUGACAGAAUGUGCAUGUGAAAAUAAUGAAAGUGGGUUUUAUUAUCAUGUAUAAAAGGUCAUGUAAAGUACAAUCAUUUUCAGAUAUUUCAUUCACAGACAUUGUACUGGAUGAUUAUUGAAAUUAAAGAUGCA